GUUUGGCCCCUUGCGCUCGACUUCGCUCAGGGGCUCAACGCUCAACUUUCUUCUUGUUCUCUGGCGUUCUCUGUUGUUGGCUACAGACUUUUCUCGUCAUAUCUAUUCUGAGGUAUAAGCGUUGUUUUUUCGUUUAUCUACAAGUGUUUUGUUCCAAAAGUGAUGGAUAUCCCGGGUAGACUGCGGAGCGAAGAGCAGUGCUCAGCUAUUGUCGGCUCUCCCAACAUCAGCACCGCUGCUGAGGCCGCAGAGGCUGCUGAGCGCAAGGAACAGGAGGAGGAGGGACACCAGCUCAACACGCCCUGGACUAUGUGGAUUGACAAGACGGAGCGCGGCGCCAGUGCCGCCGAGUACCAGGCCUCGCUGAAGAAGGUCUACACCAUGACCACCGUCGAGUGUUUCUGGGCCGUCUACCGCAACAUCCCGAACGUGCGCGACCUGAACCAGCGCUACACCUACCACAUGAUGCGCGACGAUCGCAAACCACUCUGGGAGGACACGCGCAACUCGCGCGGCGGCACCUGGAAGGUCAAAUGCCGCAAGGAGGACUCGCCGGAUGUGUGGAAGGAGCUGCUUCUCGCGGUCAUCGGAGAACAGUUUGACGAUUUCGUCGCCGAGGAUGACGAUAUUUGUGGCGUGUCCAUUUCGAUUCGUGAGCGAGACGACCUUAUCCAGAUCUGGAACACAAACGCCGCUAGGCACGAGGAGGCCAAGGUGGUGGAAAAGGUCAGGUCGCUCCUACCCGGCGUCAAGUUCUCCGCCAUCUUCUACAAACGUCACGAAACUCACCACGCGUUCGAAGGCAAGAAAUAGAGCUCUGAGAAAGUCCAAACCACUCUGCUGCUACCAGCUUCCAGUUGUGCCAGGUCACUGGGUGACCCCGGCGACCUUUGGGUCAAUGACCUUCAGCCGUCGUGACCGACUAUAUAACGGCCAGACUCGCCUUCCCUGCGGGCCAGGAGCCGGGGUCAAGGGUCAGGGCUCGCUGCAGUGACCUUCAGAUGAGUAAUCGUUGGGUCAGAUGAUGUGAGUGAAAGGCAUGUAUGCGAGAGUGAAGUGAGACGAGUAACCGGUGUUGUAGCUGCUUGAUUCUGCCUCGUGUGCUUGUUUGACAGAACAUAUGAGCUAUUUUUAUAUGAAAGAGCGAUCCAGGUCCGAUGGAGAACAUGUCUGUAGGGCAUGUACGUUGAAUACGGGAUGCUUAGAAGAGUUGGUAGGUGACGAUGCCGCGCCCUGUUUGCUAGUAACUGUUUUCUGAUUGGUUUCUUCCGCUCCUGUCUUACGGUUGGGGCUGCAUAUCUUUCAGUACCCCAACUUUCAUCAGAUGGUGUUCAUGGGUUGAAUGGUAGGAUCGAGAGGCGGUAGGAUUGAGUGCCAGUGGAAUGUGAUUUAUUUUUGUCUAACCUAACCUAACCCAUUCAGCCGCGUACAUUUGUUACAUCCUACCGCUCUUGGAAUAGCACAAGCUAUGCAUUAUGCAAUCUACUUAACAUUGACUCUGAUCGCCCUUCAAUAUUCGAAGUCUUAAGUCUGAUUAACAGCUGGUUCUGCACCGCUCUUUGCGUUGAUUUUACGUGCUAGACUGAUAAAGUGGGAUUACAAAGUAUUACACAAGAUACGCAAAAUUUAUAGGCUGACAGCGGUUUGAAACUCGCGAGUUAAAGACAUAUUUGAUAUAUUCUUUGUGAUCUGGGUGCCUACUUAUUGAUCAGUGCAAUUAUCAGCUGAUCCAAACAGCCUCUCAUUCUUCAUUCAUCGGCAUUCUCGUAUGAAAGCGAACUGUAAUUUUGCUAAUUAAUAUUUCAUAAUGCUACAGCUGGUGCCACAUUUUCGUUUGUUGAUCUCCAGUGAUAGGUACCCUAAAACCAGUAUAACGCCUUUUGGGGCGACUAACGGAGCGAGCGAGAGGGUGGGCCUUGCACGUGCGAAAUUUCGAGGGGGUACCUCCAACUGACUUGUGCACGGCACCUUACUUACCGGUCUCUAGCGAUGUGCCAAAUUUGAGCACAAUCGGCCCAGCCGUUCUCGAGAUCUGGAAGCGACACCCUGCACGUGCGCACGUGCAAAAUGGGUCCCAACUGACUUGUGCACGGCACCCUACUAACUGGUCCCUAACCGUGUUCCAAAUUUGAGCGCCAUCGGUCCAGCCGUUCUCGAGAUCUGGAAACGCCCCCUGCACGUGCGCACGUGCAGCAGCACCCCAACUCUGGCACAUGGAUAUGCAGUGCCUAGUGGGUGCCUACCUACAUGCCAACUUUCAGCGCAAUCGGCCAAGUAGUUACCGAGAUAUUGCAACAAUUGCAAAACUGACACCUCUUCGCUUUGCACGUGGCACGUGCAUAAGGGGUCACCCACAUGCAUCGAGAAUAGUCCAAUACUUGGUAGAAGGAAUGAAGCUACCCUACAAAAAUUACCGCGUGUAAAUCGGUCAAGUGGUUGCUGAGAUAUAAGCCUCGCAAAAGCGUCCGCACGGCCGGCCGCUCAUACUCAGAAAUUUCCGUUAAUCUAAGGAAAGACUUCGCUCGCUUCGCUCGCUCCGUAACUAGCUCCGACCUACGUUCAAGCUCCAAGCAGUGUUGAGUUCCACACGCAUGCAUUUGUGAACAAAUGCCCAUAGAUCGUGUUCAGAGCGGUUGACAUGCUCUCUUAGAAUAUUGAAUCGUUCCUUGCCAAGGCUCUGGAUGAGUCGUUAUAGCACGAAUCAGUGGCUGUUUGUGUGCGGAUUUCGUCCCACGGUACCGAUCACAUCUUGAGAUUUGCGACGAUCCGCGCUGCCGUUGGUGUUUGCUGCCGGUCUUGUCUCGGACAAUCUGUGCACAUCGCUACAUGUCGUUAACCCCUCUAACGUCAUCGGCUAACAUCGGGCGGAUGCGUCAGAUUGAAUGCUCCGGGCCCAGUCCCGUUUGCAGAGCACGGCGUGCGAGACGGGCCGGUCGCCGCCCGAGCAGCGGCCUUGACGGGACCGGUCUGUGUCCACUGCGUGACUGACCUGUACGUGACCGGCUGUCGGUACAAGACGGGCGGUGCCGUCUUUCAUGAGAGCGAUGUAACGCGGCGUCCGCCCUUCGCUGGGUGUUGCCAGAGACAUGCGUUGAGAGGAUCAUGUUGAGUGCGUUGCGCUCAGAGCGGGUCCGAGCUGUGUAAUGCUUGGGGGCUUUGUUAGCAGGCUGAGACGGUCGCCAGUUGUCGGAUGGUGAGACGAGAGGAUAUGAUUAGUUCCUGUCGCUCGUGCUAUGCCAGAUGUCGCUUCGCUCAACGUUUGUUGGUGUCGCUUUGUGUGUUGCCUAGCCAGCUGGGUUUUGUAUUCGAUGAACGACCUAACGUGGCGAUGUGCUCGAUUUUAGCUUGCUUUUACUGAAGAACGUGAUCUUUUGUUGGCUCAGAAUCGUAACGUACGUUUGUCGUCGUUUUGUGAGGAUUGAUAUCUGUUCAAAGUUAGUUAUUUCCGUGCAAUUUGAAUGAUCGACAAACGCCAGUAGACGUUGUGAUGGCAAAAGUCCUUGCGAUUAGUUUCUACGAAACAGCUGACUGCGCCAGCUUCCAUAUUCUGUCCACCUGUGACCCUGUAUGCUUAAUGUUUAUGUCUCUAACAUGCCAAAUCAAAACGAAUCGCUUGACAUCGCCACGGAAAGCUUGUAGCUGCGAUUAUCUUGUGUAGCGUGUUCGAUCUGUUUAAGCUGGGCCCUCGACUGGUACCACCAGACCGUUGUUGGCGAUGAAGAUGCUACUUACGGCGUCCCCCGCGCGAGAGCUAGCUGUUAGAAGGCUUCGGUCGUUAUCUAUGUGCGAUGACCUGUUACUGUGCCGAUUUACAAUGAGCUGAGGGCGUUUACCUGGUAGGGGAUGCCACAUAUUAGUGCUAACGCUGGCUCCGUUGUGCCGGCUAACGGCAGGGGCAAGGCCAAGAUAAAAAUGCCAACGUUAGACGAGAGAAAUGGUAUGCUAGCCAAGAGUAUAUCAAACAUGCUGUGAAGACAUGCUAUGCACAUGUGAAUUUUCGAUGUAGGUACAAUAUUCGCAAUAUAUGAUAUGCGUACAAGAAA